GCUUCAUCGCCGCCGCCGCAGCCUCCCCGCGCUUCCGCUGCCGCCACCGCAUCUACUCCUCCGCCGUCCGCCGCCUCGCCGCCGCCGGCCGCCCAGACGCCGUCGCCGCCGUCCUCGACUCCCACCUCCGCUUCCCCUCCGACCUCUCUCACGAGGGCUUCUCCGCCCGCCUCAUCUCCCUCUACGGCGCCGCCUCCAUGCCCUCCCACGCCGCCGCCCUCUUCCGCCGCCUCCCCUCCCUCUCCGCCCCCCGCUCCGCCCUCUCCUUCAACGCCCUCCUCACCGCCCUCGCCGAUUCCUCCUCCUCCAACCCCGACGCCCUCCUCGCCGCCUUCGACCAAAUCCCCGCCGAGGACCCCUCGAUCGUCCCCAACCUCUGUUCCUACAACAUCCUCAUCCGCGCCCUCUGCGCAAAACCCGACCUCGACGCCGCAUUCGACGUGCUGAGCCUCAUGGAGCAGCACGGCAUAUCCCCGGACCUGAUCUCCUUCAAUACCCUGCUGAACGGCUUCUUCGGCCACGGCAGGUUCCCGGACGCCGAGAAAGUUUGGAACUUGAUGCGGGAGAGGAACGUCGAGCCCGACGUGAAGAGCUUCAACGCGAAGCUGAGAGGGCUGGUUCUGGAAAAGAGAACCGAGGAGGCGGCGGAGCUCGUCGAUCAAAUGAUGAGGGACGGGCCGAAGCCCGACACUUCGUCAUUCAAUGCUGUAAUAAGAGGGCAUUGCAAAAUUGGGAAUUUGGAGGCGGCCAAAACAGUGUACUUGGAUUUGGUGAAGAACGGUUGCGCCCCCAACAAGGGGACCUUUGAGGCGCUGAUUCCGCAUCUCUGCGAGGCGGGGGACUUCGAUUUGGCCCUUAGGUGUUGCUACGAUAGCAUGAGUCGGAAGUGCUUUGCGGACGCGGCGGUGCUGCAGAAAGUGGUGGAUGGGUUGGUUGCGGCGUCGAGAGCAGAGGAGGCUGAGAAGCUCGUUGAGCGCGCACGGACGAAUAAGUACUCGAAGAAGAGCUUAAAGAUGCCGAAUAAGCAAUCGGUUUCGUAGAUCAGCAUUGUUCGAUGGCGGUUCUUAACCACACAUUGAAAUUGUAGCAUUGUUCGAUGGCGGCUCUUAUCGACGCAUUGAAAUUGUCGUCUUCAAUCGGAUCUGCUCGUGAAAACAAAUGUUGGUGUUGUUUCGAUUAUUGAAUACUUUUUAAUUAGCCAAAAUCUGGAAGCAUUGAAGAAGCACUGAGAAGGUAGAGAUUGAGUUCAAAUCCGAUUUGAAUUACAGGUCACAGUGGUUUAAUUAGUCAGUGCAGAGUCAUCUAUCCUAUCACUGAUGUAUUUGCUUUUGUAGCUUCUUAUACACAUUACUGGAUAAAUUAAUUCAAUCAAAAUAUAAUACCAAA